GGCUUUGCACAUGUGCGAGGCACUGGCUUCGGGAGAGGGAAAGGGCGCGUGAGUCCCUUCAGAGUUGCAAGGAAGGCAAGAUCGUGGGUUUCUCUUUGGUGGAGGGACAGGGGAUACCCCCGAUCGGGUGCUGCACUUUCCUUCCCUCUCCCACCCGCGCUCGCGCUCCGGCCCGGUGGCGCCGAAGCCCCACUUCAGACCUGCUUCGGGUGCCAGGGAUCCAGGCUGCUCGGUGGGAAGGCAGCCGGCAAGUGAUGAGCGGCGGCGGUGGCCCCAGAGCCGGGAGUAAGGGAAUUUGAAGACACUUCCUUUCCCUCUCACCCGCUGAAGGGGAGGCAUUCGCGUUUCCCAAAGGAGAAAGAGCCACAAGAAAUCAUGAAGUAGAAACUUUGGAAAGCUGCCACUGGAAAUGUUGCAGGAAAACCUGGAAUCUGUUAGGAGUCUCCUCCCUGUCGGCGGAGGUUUGGGGAGCAGCUGAUACAGCCAGGAGGGCUCUUGCAAGGAUUCAAGGAUUAUGGAAUUUGGCCAUUGGCAGGAUCACAGAGCUCAUCUUACCUCUUAAUGCAUUUUCCUGACGACCAAGGGGAGGCUCCCAGAGGGAAGUGACUGGCUCCCAAGGCACCGGCUCGUCCAGGGGCCCUGAAGGAGCGGCACAGAGCGGGAGAGUGUGGUGAGAGAAUGAAGAAACCAACCGGCCGGGAGAAGCAUGAGGUGGCAGUGUGGCACUCGGUUUAGAGGGCUGCGGCCGGCAGCAGCCCCAUGGGCAACCCUGCUGGCACUGGGCCUCCCCGGUUGGGUGCUGGCUGUCUCGGCCACGGCUGUCGCUGUGGUCCCAGAGCAGCAUGCCUCCUCGGCCGGCCAGACGCCCCUGGACUGGCUGCUCACCGACCGGGGCCCCUUCCACCGCGCGCAGGAGUACGCGGACUUCGUGGAGCGGUACCGCCAGGGUUUCACCACCAGGUACAGGAUCUACAGGGAGUUUGCACGUUGGAAAGUGAACAACUUGGCUCUGGAAAGGAAGGACUUCUUCAGUUUGCCAUUGCCUCUCGCUCCAGAGUUUAUCCGGAACAUCCGCCUCCUGGGGAGGAGACCCAACUUGCAACAGGUUACUGAAAACCUGAUCAAAAAGUACGGCACUCAUUUCUUACUUUCUGCCACCCUCGGAGGAGAAGAGUCCCUGACCAUUUUUGUGGACAAGAGGAAACUGAGCCGAAAGACAGAGACAGCAGGAAGCGCCCCUAUAGUCGGGGUCAGUGGGAACAGCUCCGCCGUGUCGCUGGAGACCCUGCAUCAGUUGGCAGCGUCCUACUUCAUCGAUAGAGAGAGUACACUGCGACGGCUGCACCAUAUCCAGAUAGCCACAGGGGCCAUCAAGGUCACGGAGACCAGGACUGGUCCUCUGGGCUGCAGCAACUACGACAACCUGGACUCGGUCAGCUCUGUCCUGGUGCAGAGUCCGGAGAACAGAGUGCAGUUACUCGGCCUGCAGGUGCUGCUACCCGAGUACCUGCGGGAGCGCUUUGUGGCUGCGGCGCUCAGCUACAUCACGUGCAGCUCUGAGGGCGAGCUCAUCUGCAAGGAGAAUGACUGUUGGUGCAAGUGCAGCUCCACCUUCCCAGAAUGCAACUGUCCUGACGCUGACAUCCAGGCCAUGGAGGACAGCCUGCUGCAGGUCCAGGACUCCUGGGCGACUCACAACAGGCAGUUUGAGGAGUCAGAGGAAUUCCAGGCCCUGCUGAAAAGGCUGCCUGAGGACAGGUUCCUGAACUCCACAGCCAUCUCCCAGUUCUGGGCCUUGGACAGCGGCCUGCGGCACCGCUACCAGCAGCUGGGAGACAGCUUGAAAGUGCUGUUCAAGAAGACGCAUCGGAUGGUCCGCCGGCUCUUCAACCUCUGCAAGCGCUGCCAUCGGCAGCCUCGCUUCCGCCUACCCAAGGAAAGGUCCUUGUCCUACUGGUGGAACCGAGUCCAGUCCUUGCUCUACUGUGGAGAAAGCACCUUCCCUGGCACCUUCCUGGAACAGAGCCACAGCUGCACCUGCCCCUACGACCAGUCUUCCUGCCAGGGCCCCAUCCCAUGUGCCUUGGGGGAAGGGCCUGCCUGUGCCCACUGCGCUCCGGACAACAGCACGCGCUGCGGGAGCUGCAACCCGGGCUACGUGCUGGCUCAAGGGUUGUGCCGGCCGGAGGUGGCCGAGUCCCUGGAGAACUUUCUGGGGCUGGAGACAGACCUGCAGGACCUGGAGCUGAGGUACCUGCUGCAGAAGCGGGACAGCCGCAUCGAGGUCCACUCCAUCUUUAUCAGCAAUGACAUGCGUCUAGGCAGCUGGUUCGACCCCUCCUGGAGGAAGCGCAUGCUGCUCACCCUCAAGAGCAACAAGUACAAGCCUGGGCUGGUGCACGUGAUGCUGGCCUUGUCCCUGCAGAUCUGCCUCACCAAGAACAGCACCCUGGAGCCUGUCAUGGCCAUUUAUGUCAACCCCUUUGGGGGCAGCCACUCUGAGAGCUGGUUCAUGCCCGUGAAUGAGGGCCGCUUCCCUGACUGGGAGAGGACUAACGUGGAUGCCACUGCCCAGUGCCAAAACUGGACUAUCACCUUGGGAAACAGGUGGAAGACCUUCUUUGAGACAGUCCAUGUUUACCUACGGAGCCGAAUCAAGUCCCUGGAUGACAGCUCCAAUGAGACAAUCUACUAUGAGCCCCUGGAGAUGACUGAUCCCUCCAAGAACCUGGGCUACAUGAAAAUCAACACCUUGCAGGUCUUCGGCUACAGCCUGCCCUUUGACCCGGAUGCUAUCCGGGACUUAAUUCUCCAGUUGGAUUACCCGUACACUCAAGGUUCCCAGGACUCUGCCCUCUUGCAGCUCAUAGAGCUUAGGGACCGGGUCAACCAGCUCUCUCCACCUGGCAAAGUCCGGCUGGACCUUUUCUCCUGCCUGCUCCGGCACCGGCUCAAGUUGGCCAACAACGAGGUGGGCAGGAUUCAGUCCUCCCUGAGGGCUUUCAACUCCAAGCUGCCAAACCCCGUGGAGUACGAGACAGGCAAACUCUGUAGCUAAUGGGGGGCCCACUCCGGCACUGGGCAGGGAGAGGAGCCAGAAAUCAGGGUGCAGUGGUCAUCCAAGCCCUCACCUUGGUGCCAAUAAGGCGCUCCCUUGAGACUUUCCGCACCCAGCAGAUGGGACCUCGGGGCUUGGACUGAAGCAGGCAGGAGAGAAAGAAACAGCCACUGCACACAUGCACACACUCACCUUGCGUGUGCACACGCGUACACACACAUGCACACGCACACGCACACACUCCCUCCCUUCCUUGGGGAGGCUGCAGCUCAGCAGCCUGGCAUCUGCAAAGUCGGUGCUUUCUAAAACGAAUGCAGUUGAAGGAAAGGAGCCAAGGGAGAGAUUAGGCAAAAGAACCAGCCAAACCAUGAAACAAACAAAUCCUUAAAAGUGAUUCUUAUCAUUCGAGGAAGCAAGAGGGGGCAGAAUGGGAGGAAUAGGCGUUCUCCCUCUCCUUCUGUGGAGUCACUUUUGUAUUCUUUUUAACCAGAUUUCUUAAAAUGGCGUUGUUUCGUGAUUCCCCACAGUGGUUCCUACUUUUUGUACUCUGCCUCCUCUCUGCGCCCCCGGACACUGACUGCUCCUCGAGCCGGCUCCCUUAGGAAGCAGGAGAAGUGGCACCAACAGAGGACCGCUCAGGGCGGGCAGCUGGCCUUGCUCCGUCUCCCCUCCCCCCGCCCCCCUUUGGCCCCCUUCCUUCCAUGGCCUCCCCAGUUCCGGGGCCCUGGCUUGGCCCACGUUCCCUUGUGGUCCAGCCAGAGUCCCCCUUCCAACAGCACCCUUACCGUCUAAGAAAGCAGCCCUGUCAAGUUAGAGAGAGACAAUGUAUAGGGAAAUGUUCUUUUUUAAAAACAAAAACAAAAAUAUUUAUUUUGUGAUUGUUUUCCUUGUCAAUCUGCUCCAGCUACAUGAAACAUACGAGUAAAAAUUUACCUGGUUUAAUAUA